AAUACUGGUCUCUUCCUUUUCUGAGGAGCAGCUGAACCGUUACGAGAUGUAUCGCCGCUCUGCCUUCCCCAAGGCUGCUAUUAAACGGCUGAUCCAGUCCAUCACCGGCACCUCCGUCUCUCAGAACGUCGUCAUCGCCAUGUCAGGCAUUUCCAAGGUCUUUGUUGGGGAGGUGGUGGAGGAAGCCCUGGACGUGUGUGAGAAGUGGGGGGAGCUGCCACCUCUGCAGCCCAAGCACAUGCGAGAGGCCGUCAGGAGGCUCAAGUCACGGGGACAAAUCCCCAAUUCCAAAUAUAAGAAGAUCAUCUUCCACUGAAACCUCCCAAGAGCAGCAAGGGAAGACAGAAGUUUAAACAAGCUUCUGGCUGUGAACCUCACAACAGUCCCAGCAG